GAAAGAAUCGAAGAGAGACAAGAAAGGAAGAGAACAGGAGAGGAAGCUAGACCAGUGGAAGAAGAUGCAGGCUGCCAAGGAGAAGGUGAAGGACGGCGUGAGCGCGGUGAAGGCCAAGACCAAGAUCACGCGCGCCAAGGCGGAGGAGAAGGCGGAGGCGGCGACGGCGAGGUCGCACGCGGAGCGGGAGCUGGCGCACGAGCGCGGCAAGGCCAAGGUCGCCGCCGCCAAGAUGGAGCUGCACCAGGACAAGGCGCUCCACCGCGAGGAGGCCAUCGAGCACCGCAUCCACAAGCACGCCGCCACCGGGUGCCUCGGCGGCCACGGCCACGCCCGCCACAACAAGCAUGGGGUCGCGGCGGCGCCCGCUCCGCCGCCUGGCGCGGGGGCGUACUACCCUCCUGCCGCCGGUGCUGGCCACUACUAG